ACCCGGCAAAAAUGGACGUUUUAAGCUCGAUGCGGAAGAACUUCAGCGAGCCCAACUACACGGAGGACUUCUCUGAACAUGGGCAAAUUCUUUCGGUGCAUUUCUCGCAGUUCGAAUGGUCGCAGGACUUGAUUUUAAUAGCGUUCGAGAAUAAAAUCGUGCUGGCAUUUUUAAACUUGGAGGAUGUGCCGUCUUUGAAUGUCAUGUCGGAGUUUAAGCAUCAAUGUAGAUGUUCUACAUUGAGUAUUUCUCCGGAGACAAAUUUGAACAUCGUCCCUAAUAUUUUGAUGUUUUGUGUUGGGGGGAGCGAUUUUAAGCUGAGGAUUUACACGAGCGAUAUGAAUGAGAGUAAUACUUGCAAGAUUUUAGCUGGUCAUACAAGUUACAUAAACGAUGUGAGUUUUGAUCCAGAAAAUACAUAUUUAGCGUCCGUGAGUGACGAUAAUACGGCUAAAAUAUGGUCCGUGGAUGAUUUUAAGUUGAAGAAUACAUUUAAUUUAACAUCUCCAGGUAUGAGUGCUGUGUGGCACAGAGAUGAUUGCAAUAAGUUACUAGUAGGCGAAAAAAUCGGAAUAAUACGAUUUUACAACGUCGAAAGUGAAAUGCCUGUUAUUUCGUUGGAUUACGGUAAACCUUUAAUAGGGGCUCAUUGGGCCCCCGUAAAUGAGCAAAUGGUAUCCUCGUUGCAUCUAGGAGAGCUGCUAGUUUGGGAUUUGAGCAAACCAUGUUUUCCUGUUUGGACAAGUGUUCUUUUUCCGGAAAACGGGGGCAGUAUAAAGUUUAGUCCGCAGGCGGAAUUGUUAGCAGCCACUAAUAGUCUCGAGGGGACUCUUAAAGUUGUUCACGUUAAAUCUCAGGCCACGAAAUUGGCAGCAAACCUGACAUUGCCUACGAAUGUGAGCUGGCAUUAUAGAUAUCCUCUAGUUUGUGUUGGAGAUGAUAGGAAGUUGUGUUUUUGGAAGGUUUCCGCCAAUUAAUCGUUGUUAAUAAUAA